GUGAACCUUUUGAUGCGCCCCCAUCUCAUCGACCUGAACUUGGAGCUGCAAACAGCUUGGGAUGGAGCUCAGGAAGACGCUGAUCAUGGCGCUACCAACGAAGUUGCGCAGAGCCAAACUGAGGGCGAGAGUAAUGUCAGCUUGCUUCUGGAGUGCUCAGGUGGGGAGGUUGUCCCGACCGAGUUGGACCCAGGCACCCAAGAGCAGAUUGAUGGUGAAGAGGCCGCCGACCCUGAGGUGAUGUUUUUCCUAUGCAAAGCCCAAGCACACCAGUCUUGUGAAAAGUUUGUGGAACGUGCAGUUGAAGUGGGCCAUCCGGGUGGAAAGGAGGCUCGGUUGCCAAGUGUGCUGAGUGAGGCAAUUCGCUUUCUUGCAGAGAACUCGGAGAGGCGUGUGGCAGAGGUGAUGUCGCCCGAACAGAUCGUGCGAGUUACAGCAGCCAUCUCGAUGGCCUUGGCCUUCCUGGAACCAGCAGACCCCGACAUUGUUGCGGCGCAAAACGUUCAAGAACGCCGCAUUUGUGACUUCGACCGGAUGAUUGUUGCCUGCCGUUUCAUCCUCGAGGUCUGUGGCCAAACCAAAUAUCUAUGUUCCAUCUAUGAACUCUGGCACCAUGCCAGUCAGUCCUUGUAUUUGCUUGAGCGAAUGUUAUGGCCGGGACAGCCGGCAGAAACUUCUUUGCAUCUCGUCCUACCACCUCAGGGACGACCAUUGACCGAAAUUCUCUUGGAAGCCCACACGCCGUCGCACGACGCCAUCUUCCAAGCAGUGCCCGCGCUCGAGACCUUUACCGAGUGGUUUGUGCGCCAGUAUGACACUGGGCUCCACUCCGACUUCUAUGCCACUCUCAUCGAUGCCAUGUUGGUGCUGCGCACUGCCGAGAUGAUGAUCCGCAUGAAACGGCGCUGUGACACAUUGGCCUUGACCAACCCUGCUGCUGCAGCUCACAUGCCAGCUGCCUCGUCCCAGCCGACCGCAGCUUCCUCGUCACAGCCGCCUGCAGCCUCUGAAGAUCAUACCAAUGCAUCGCCAGAAACCUCGAGCGCAACGGGCACGCCAUUGGAAUUUUACUGA